AACAAGACAAAAAAAAAAGGGGGUAAGAGAAACUAAGCGCGCUCACCAAAAAAUUUCGCGUGAAAUUUUGAAACGCCCACCAAAACCAAUCCGAGCCCGCGCGCCCUCAAAAACUAAAAUUAAAAAAUAAAAAUAAAGCUCCAAAAUUUUCCCCAAAUUUUACAAAUCACAAAAUUUUCCCCAAAUUUUACAAAUCACAAAAUUUUCAUUCGUUUACUCUUCUUGUUACUUCUACUACUUCUUCUGCUACAAUCUUUGAGCUUCGAAUCUUUUUUCUUUCGUUCUAGGGUUUUGCUGUUCUUUUUUUCCCAAAUCUUAGGGUUUUGGAUUUGUCUCCAAGAUUUUGCUGGUUGAGUUUUUGUGUGUGUAUUUUUCUUCGCUAUAGUCAUGGCUUCGGAAACCCUGGAAGAGGUGAAGAAGAAGCCCGAGGAAGAAGUUCCUGUUAAGGAAGAUAAGCAAGAGGUGGAGGAAGACAAUAGAGUUGAAGCUAAAGAAGAAGAAGAGGUGAAGAAGGGUACGGAGGAGGAAAAACCGGAGGAGAAGGAAGGUGAAGGAAGUGAAGAGGAGGAGAAAGAAGAGGAGGGAGGGAGUGAGGAGGAUGAGGAGAAGGAAGAUGAUGGAGAAGAGAAAGGUAAGAAAGGUCGUAAGAGGAGCUCGAAGGUGAAAGAAGAGCAGAGUGCGUCGAAGAAGGAGCCUGUUACCCCCAGUAGUGAUAGGCCGACUCGGGAGAGGAAGAUCGUUGAGCGGUAUUCCGCACCCACGGUUGCCAGGUCUUCAUCGAGCAAAGGCUUGUCAAUUGAGAAGGGUCGUGGUACACAGCUCAAAGACAUUCCAAAUGUGGCUUUCAAGCUGGGAAAGAGAAAAGGUGAUGACAACCUGCAAUUACUUCACACAAUACUAUUUGGAAAAAAAGCAAAGGUGCACAGUUUGAAGAGGAAUAUAAGCCAGUUCUCAGGUUAUGUUUGGGUUGAGACUGAGCAGGAAAAACAGAGGACAAAAAUAAGGGAGAAGCUUGACAAAUGUGUUAAAGAGAAAUUGGCGGAUUUCUGUGAUUUGCUAAAUAUUCCAAUUAGUAAGACCUCUACAAAGAAGGAAGAGCUCUCUGCCAAAUUGCUGGAGUUUUUGGAAUCACCACAUGCUACAACAGAUGUUUUACUUGCUGAUAAGGAGCAGAAAAGUCAAAAGCGAAAAAAGAAGGCCACACAUGGAAAAAGUUCUGGUGCUGCAGAUGGAGAGACAUCUCCUGAAUUACAAGCCAAGAGACAAAAACAAGCAACUAGUGGAAAAAAACGGAAGAGUUCGCCUAAAGUUCAAGAAGAAGAGAGCAAUGAUAAGGCUGAAUCUUCAGAUGCACAACAUGAUUCUCAUGAAGAUGCUGAUGGGGAUGAUGUAAUGCAUGAAGUAAGCGAUCAUGAGGAAAAAUCUGGUGACGAGGAAGAUAAAUCAAAAGAGCAGUUGUCCAGUCCCAAAAGUCCUUCAAAAAAGGGGAAGGAGGGCUCAAAAGUUAAAAGUGGGGACAAACCUACACCUGUCAAAAAGAGCACACCUGUAAAAUCUUCCAAGAAACCAGCAGAGUCUACUAAGAAAUCAAGUUCUUCAAAAAAAAGUGUGAGUGAUGCUGAUGAAACCUCAGGUUCUCUUUCCAAGUCCAAGGGGUCUGCAUCUAAGAAACGGAAGCUUGAAAAGGAAAGCCGGAAGGAUGAUAAGGUGAAAACUGCAAGCAGGAAAUCUUCGAGCAAAUCCUCUGGAAAGGUUUCAGGCAAGGAUCAAGCAAAAGUUAGAAGUAGCAAGAAGGCGAAGGGAGAGCCCUCUAAAGCAGAUAUGCAUGCAGUAAUUGUUGAUAUUCUGAAAGAAGUUGACUUCAAUACGGCAACUUUGUCUGAUAUUCUAAGGCAACUAGGUACCCACUUUGGUGUGGAUUUAAUGCAUAGAAAAGCAGAGGUGAAGGACAUAAUUACCGAUGUGAUAAACAGUAUGACUGAUGAGGAGGAAGAUGAGGGGGAUGAUGGUGAAGACAAUGACGAAGCUGGUGAUGAUGAUGAAGAGAAAGAUGAAGACAAGGAUGAUGAUGACGAUGACGAUGCUUAGUGUUAGUGCAUUCAGGACCCAAACAACUUGUAUAUUUGGAACUCCCAUGAUGCAUGUGGUGGUGCAUUCAUUCAGGUAGGACAACUUUCUACAGAGGUUACAUAAGCGGAUUUUGAUGAUAGACUACAUUGGAUAGUUGAAUCUUGUGACCCUUUCCAGAUAAACUUACCCAGCUGGGUGUGUUUGUACCAUAUUAUUGACCUCCCCUGUAGUGUUGAGCUGAUCUUAAUUUACUUAGUUUUACCUAUAUAUAUAUUUUUUGAAGUUUUCCUUCUAUAAAUUUAUUUAGGUGUAACUGUUUAACUCCAACUUUUUUUUUCAAUGAGCAGUGAUCUAUCUUUUUUUCC